GUUCAACCUCCACCAUUUUCUCGCUGGCAGCCUCCUUUCUCCAUCCUUUCGCAGUAGUCUUCUGUUCUUCCAUCUCCGGCACGAUGGAUAAACGAACUGCUGAGAGUCCUAUGGACUUUGAGUGGCAAACCCGGGCGCCCGGAGAUGUGACUUCGCCGUUCUACCAGCUCAGCAUGCAGCACGACAACCAGAAGAAACGACCCCGCAAUGUUUUCGAUUCACCCGAGAAGAAACCGAUCCCAGCCCUACGAGAACCUAACUCCCAGCCCUUCCUCUUCUCGCAAACUCGAUCUCAACCCGCUCCCGGAACCCCCAAGUCGGUAUUCGCCCAGCCUGCGUUUAUGACACCGAGAAAAUUCGACCUCGACUUUUCAUCAGGAGCAGAGAAUAUGUCGUCGCCCGAGAACGCAGAUAAUGAUGAUACCCCCGAACAACCUGCGAGGUCUGGCCACCGAAAUUCGCUUUUUGGCAUGUACGGACGCUUUGCGCCCAGUCCGGGGAGAGGCGAAAUACCUCGUUUGAAUCAUUACUCCAACGCAGCGGCUCGACGGGUGCAGAAGAGGCGACGGAGGGACAAGGCGUUAGAUCUACAAUUACGAAGAGAGAGCGAUGAUGAAAGCGACCGGCCGAAUAGCAGUGAGGGCAAGGGCGUCAAUAAACAGAAAAUGAGCCAGCCACAGGAAGUGGGCCAGCGGCCUUCGCGGAUGUCUACCUUCUCGGAGCUUUUUACCUUGCUCGAGGCCCAUCCCAACGUUCCUAGCAUUUUGUCGUGGUGGGCGCAGCUGGUCGUGAAUCUUUCGUUGUUUUCGCUUGCGGUUUACGUCGUUUUUGGAUUCGUAUCAGCCAUCCGGGCGGAGUUUGAUCAGGCCGCCGAGGAAGUUUCGGAUUCGAUUCUGGCGGAGAUGGCAACCUGUGCGAAGAGUUAUGUGGACAACAAAUGCGGCGGCGGAGGGAGACUUCCUGCGUUGGAAACUGUAUGCGAGAACUGGGAACGGUGCAUGAAUCGUGAUCCGGCCAAAGUUGGACGCGCAAAGGUGUCUGCCCACACAAUGGCCGUAAUUAUCAACAGCUUUAUUGACCCGAUCAGCUGGAAAGCCAUCAUGUUCUUUCUUGCCACUAUAUCCACCGUCACCGUCGUCAGCAACUGGUCAUUCCGUUCGUUUAGAAGUCGCUACACUCAGCACGAAUAUAGCCAUCCGGUCCCUGCGUACACGCGACAGCCCUCUGGCCAACAUCCCUCUCAGCUGCCCGAACCACAAACCUCUGGCUUUGGAUAUAUGGGAGGACAAAAUCAGGUGAACCCAUCUACUUUUGAUAAACCUGAGAUGCCUCUGCUGCUGGAGCAACCACCGUUGGCGGAUUUUGUUAGCGAACGAAGUCGCGAACGAGAACGCAACCCGCGAACUCCAAGUCCUGUCAAAAGAGGCAGAAAACUUUUGUGAUUCCAACUGCAGUCUUAUCCUGGCAGACCCUUAAUUUCCUUCAAAGCAUCAGCGGCUGGAACAUGGCGUUAUGAUUAUCUGCUCUUUUUCUCUCUCUUUUUUUUUUAAAAAAAAAAAACAUUCGUCAUUCAUCUUGGUACAAUAGACGCUUGUUUGCAUUUUAGGCGGAGGGGAUUAGUUCUAAAUGAUGGCCGAUGGGCUUGGGGAAUUUGGAAAUUUCAUGUAAAU